AUGGUCAAGAACGUACGUAUUACUUAUCGACGUCGGCACUCGUAUGCCACCAAGUCAAACGGUAUUAAGGCCGUUAAGACACCUGGUGGCAAGCUGAUUGCUCAAUACCUUAAGAAACGUGCUGCUGGUCCCAAAUGUGGUGAUUGCAAACAAAUUCUAAAGGGUAUUAAACACUUGCAAUCAAAGGAGUACAAGAACGUGAGCAAGACGAAUCGUACGGUUUCCCGAGCGUACGGUGGUUCACGUUGCGCUCUUUGUGUACGUCAACGCAUUGUUCGUGCUUUUCUCAUUGAAGAACAGAAGAUUGUCAAGAAGGUGCUCUUGGAGAAACUCAAGAAGAGCAAGUCAGCUUAA